AUGGCCUGCAUAGUCACAGGAUUUCCCUCCUCCAUUGCAGCUUUGCAGUUCGAGUGGGCGUGGACCCAUGCGCACAAGACAACUCAUAUUUCCGAGGAUGAGCGCAUCACGCGCCCACCUCCAUCAAAGGGAAACAGGACUAGAAAAGCAGAAAGCCCCAAAUCAGCCAAGGCGCAGACGCACAGAAAGAAGAAACCACGGAAGCCGAAUUGGACGAUGAGAAGCAGACUCAUGAAUCUGCACUUGCUUCUGAGGGUGCCCGCUUUUAAUCGUUGGCCCCUUUCGCUUUCCUUCUUCUGCGAUGACGUCUAUCAUGACUGGCAACGAUUUAACAAACAGGCGAGUGGCGAGAUCCGAAAGGGUGUUAAAAUAUUCGUAGACGAUCACAGCCUCUCACGGACUACUCUAUCCACCACGGCAGAACCUUCGGAUACCAAGGUCAAGCAAGUCCAAGACAAGGAACCUGCGGGGGUUGUUGGUCCUCAGAAGCUGGAGAUCACGUAUAGGAGCAUGAAAGAUCAUCUCGAGAAAAGCCUGUCUCUCAUCGAAGAAGGUGAAGUACUUGUAUGUUCGGUCUGCUCUCAAAGUCUUACCAAUUGCACGUCUACCACGCUCUUCUGUCCACACGAGAGCUGUAGAGCUGUAACACACAUCUCAUGUUUGUCAAGCAAAUUUUUGCAAGACGAGGGUUCUGGAGGGUCAGUAAUUCCAAUAUCAGGUCAUUGCCCUGCUUGUGAGCGGGAAACCUCUUGGGUCAGCCUCGUGAAGGAGAUGACUCUCCGACAGAAAGGUCUUAAGGAGGUGUCGAGGCUUUUGAAGCCAAAAAGGCGCAGAGUCGAGGGUGAGGUUAUCACGGCUGCCCUAGCAGCAGACGAUGCAGAUCUAUCUUCUGCAGAAGAAGAGUCAGAACGCGAUGAUGUCCCGCUUGCAGAUAAUUGGCAACUACUAGAUGAUGAUGAUGAUGCUGCUGAUGACGAUGCAAUGAGCGUCUCAAGUCUCGCUACGGACUGCACAAGCGAUAUGCCUCGUCCGCACUUCCGGCCUCCGACAUGGCGGUUGGAUAAGGUCGUGGAGGACAGUGAUGGAGACGAAUUUUUGGCAUUGGAGUAA